UUAGAAUACAGGGAUACCUUUGACUCUUUAAUUAAUUCAAAUGAGUCUAUCUCAAACAUAAAUAAAUUUCACUACUUAAGGGCAUCUUUAGAAGGAAACGCGGCAGUUAUGAUUAAAUCUAUUGAGUUUACCUCUCAGAAUUACAAUGUAGCUUGGGAACUUUUGUGCGAACGGUUCGAUAACAAAAAAAUAUUAAUAAAUAAUCACCUAAAGGCAAUAUUUAAUUUCGAACCAAUUGCUCGUGAAUCGCAUAAGGCGCUUAGAUUUAUGAUUGAUCACAUCACAAAAAAUUUACGAUCUCUUCAAAGCCUCGAUUUACCUACAGAUAGCUGGGACAUCUUAAUAAUUUAUUUAAUGUCAACAAAAAUUGAUCCUGUGACUUUAAGAAAGUGGGAAGAGUCAAAGAACAGUCAUACAGACUUACCUACUUUAAAAGAAUUCCUGAAUUUUUUGCGCAAUCGAGCAGAUGUUCUUGAGACGAUGUUAGUUAGCAAAGGUGAACAGAAAACUUCGUUCACAUUUCAUAAAGAACAAAAAAGACAUGAACAUUAUCAUAAAGAUUCACAUCAACAAAAGAGCAAAAGUUUUGUAGCUUCUAGCAAUGAAAAACAUAGCCAGCCAUCAUGCCCGUGUUGUAAUGAUAAACAUCGAAUAGUUGAAUGUAACAAGUUUCAUAAUUUAUCUCCAGAAGGUAGGUCAAACGAAGUCGUAAAACAUAACCUUUGUUCGAACUGCUUACGGAGAGGUCACAAUGCUACUGAGUGUCGACUGAGUGGCACUUGUAGGAUCUGCAAACAAAAACAUAAUACUUUAUUACAUAGAUCGGAUAAUAAUAACGUUAGUAACACAGUCUUAAACUCCUUACCUGUGUCACUAUCAGCACAAACUCCAAGCCAAGUCCUAUUAGGUACAGCCUUAAUUAAAGUUGUCAAUCCUGAAACAAAAAAUACUUACGUUGCUCGUGCCUUACUCGAUGCGGGCAGCCAAUCUUCAUUCAUCACCUCGAACCUGAAACAUAAAAUGGGUUUAGUAGGUAAAAACAUAAAUACAAAUGUAACGGGCAUAAACAAUGCGCCAAUAUUUUUGUCAGAAAGCUGUGAAUUGAGUAUUGAAUCAUUAGUUAACCCGUUCAGUACUUACCUUAAAUGUUUAGUGAUGCCUCAAAUUACCGGUCACAUACCUAACGUUCCUGUAGACGUCACACAGCUUAACUUACCUGAACAUAUACAGCUGGCCGAUCCUAAUUUUUAUCAGCCAUGUGAAGUUGACCUUCUUUUAGGUGCAGAAGUGUUCUAUGAGCUCAUGUCACCUAAACAAAUCAAGUCGAGGCCUGGUAUGCCUAUCCUUCAAGAAUCCAAGUUAGGCUGGAUUGUGGUAGGACCCCUCACUCUUAAUAAUUGUAACCUGAAACAUAAUGGUACUCAAAACAAGAUUCAUUGUAACUUUACAAAAGAAAUUCAUGAAAACUUAACAAAGUUUUGGGCUCUUGAAGAAGUUCAGUCCAUAAAACAGCCUUUAUGUGCUAAUGAUGAGUUCUGUGAACAACAUUUCACGAACACUACUAAGCGUUUAGAUAACGGUAGAUUCUCAGUGCUAAUGCCUCUUUGUGAAGAUCCUGAAACAUCACUCGGUGACUCAUAUAAAAUGGCUGAAAAGCGUUUCAUAAAUCUUGAGAAGAAAUUUAAAAAAUGUCCAGAUCUUAAACAGCAAUAUACAAAUUUCAUUAAAGAGUAUGAGGACCUAGGCCACUUAACAAAAAUUGAAAGGCCUACCUUCGGCUACAUGAUGCCACAUCACGCGGUAAUACGUGAGUCAAGUGAAACUAGCCGUCUUAGAGUCGUGUUUGACGCAUCCGCGAAAUCUAGUUCCAAUAAAUCUUUAAACGACAUUCAAUGCAUAGGUCCAGUUGUACAGGACGACUUAUUCAGUAUAUUAGUUCGGUUUCGUCAACAUAAAUACGUGCUAUCUGGCGACAUCACAAAAAUGUAUCGGCAAAUUAGCAUGGACGAGUCUCAGAGACAUUUGCAACUAAUUUUGUGGCGCGAUGAUGAUUCAAGGCCUCUUGACACUCUACAAUUGAACACAGUAACGUAUGGCACGGCAUCUGCACCUUAUUUAAGCACAAGGUGUCUAGUUCAAUUAGCAAAAGAAUGCCGUGAUCCAGUAAUAUCAGAAGUAAUUCAAAAAGAUUUUUACGUUGAUGACCUCCUCACCGGAGCUUCAACUGAACAUGAGUUAGCCCAUAUACAUAAGAAUGUAACUGAAACAUUAGCCUCUGCUUGUUUUCCUAUUCGUAAAUUUAGAACCAAUUGUCCUCAAAUAUUUUCUCAAGAAACAGAAACUGAGGCUCUUAAUUUAAACAAAGAAUCAAGUGUGUUAGGAAUUACUUGGGCACCUAACACAGAUACAUUAAAAUUCUCAAUAAACAUAAACACAGACACUACACAAACAACGAAACGAAAUAUUUUGUCUAACACGUGCAAAAUUUUCGAUCCACUUGGCCUUCUGAGCGCUAGUACAAUCACAUUAAAAAUACUUCUUCAGACUUUAUGGCAAUUAAAGCUAGAGUGGGACACCCCUGUUCCCAAAAAUAUUGAAAAAACAUGGAAAAACUUAAUAUCCCAAUUAAAUAUUCUACUUACAGUGUCAGUUCCGAGGUUCACGCUAUGCACUUCUCCUGUCGUCACAGAACUUCAUUGCUUUGUGGACGCUUCCCAAAAUGCUUAUGCUGCCUGCGUAUACCUCCGAACCGUCAAUGAUUGCAACACAGUAACAAUUAGCCUACUAUGUUCUAAAACUAGGGUUUCACCUUUGAAAACCGUCACAAUACCUCGUCUUGAGCUGUGUGCUGCUCUCCUAGGAGCGCGUCUGGUAGCGAGAGUAAGUGAGGCACUUCGUUGUCAAAUUAACAAAAAGAUUUUCUGUUCUGAUUCAACGAUCACUAUAGGCUGGAUAAGAACGCAACCUAAAGUCUUGAAAGCGUUUGUCUGUAAUCGUAUACAUGAAAUACACGAACUGACUGACCGUGAUUCAUGGAGGCAUGUGCCGACGGAACAUAAUCCUGCGGACCUAGCCUCAAGGGGUGUAAAACCAAGUGUUUUAGUUAGCUCAUCAUUGUGGUGGCGAGGUCCUUCCUUUCUUUCAGAAGCGGAGUCAGAAUGGCCUCAAACACCUAACAUAAAGAUAGAUUUACCAGAGUUAAAAGUCAAUCAUAUUCGUAAUAAACAAAUGACAGACAAUGUUAUAAAUUUUGAAAAAUAUUCGAAUGCGUUAAAACUUAAAAGAGUGUAUGCUUACGUGUUUCGGUUCAUAAAAAAUUGUAAAACAAAAGCCAGAAACACUGAGCCAUUAAAUAAUCAUGAACUUAAUGAGUCUUUAAUGUUUCUCGUUAAAAUGUCACAAAAGGAAUCCUUUUCAUCUGAAAUUGAAGUAUUGACUAAAGGUAACUCACUUAAACAUAAAUCUCGUAUUUUACAGUUAUCUCCAUUCCUCGAUGCGAACGGCGUUUUAAGAGUAGGUGGUCGGUUGGAGAAUGCUUCUCUAAAUUACGAACAAAAACAUCCAGCCCUUUUGGAUAGUAAGCAUCAUUACACUAAAAUGCUUAUGGCAGCCGAGCACCUACGACUCUUCCACGCUGGCCCGCAAUUACUCCUUAGUUCAUUUAGGGAACAAUUUUGGCCCCUAGCCGGGAGAAAUUUAGCAAGAAGUACAGUUCGUAAAUGCAUAACAUGUACAAGAUUGAAAGGUAAGACUUUAGAGCCGUUUCUCGGUAACUUACCUUCCAAUAGAGUAUCUCAAUGCUUUCCCUUUCAAAUAUGUGGCACUGAUUUCGCUGGCCUUUUCAUGAUUUCAAGUAAAAAAGGUCGUGGCAAUAAAAUCUCAAAAUGUUACUUAUGUAUAUUCGUUUGUUUCGCAACAAAGGCCUUACAUCUUGAAAUAGUCAGCGAUCUCACUACACAAGCCCUGAUAAUGUGCUUGAAACGCUUCAUCUCCAGGAGAGGAAAACCGAUUAUUCUUAAUUGUGAUAAUGGAAAGAAUUAUGUGGGUGCAAACAAUGAAUUGGGCAAAGUCCUGCGAUCGAGUCUUCGUUCUAUAAAAGAAUUUACCGCUAAUGAGGGCAUUCAAUUCAAAUUUAUACCCCCUUACAGCCCCACGUUCGGUGGACUCUGGGAAGCAGGCGUAAAAAGUGCCAAGCACCAUCUUAAGCGCAUAAUAGGAAAUGCUAGUCUUACAUUCGAGGAGUUGAGUACGCUUUUUACCCAAAUUGAAGCGAUCCUCAACUCCCGACCCCUAAUUCCUUUAUCUCCUGACCCCAACGAUCUUUCUCCUUUGACCCCAGGGCACUUCCUCAUCGGGCGGCCGCUGACGUCACUACCAGAACCACCCUGCGAGAACAUGAAGAUACGCACUAGAUAUCAGCUGAUUGAGCAAUAUCGACAAAGCUUCUGGAGUCGCUGGUCAAAGGAAUAUUUGGCAGAAACCCAACAAAGAAACAAAUGUCGCCUUAAACAUGAAAACUUGAAACCUGGAGACAUGGUCGUCUUCAAGGAAUUGAAUCUCCCGCCUAUGAAGUGGAAAUCAGCCAGAGUACAGCACAUGUAUCCUGGAUCAGACGGAGUGUGCAGAGUGGCAGACUUCAUAACCUACCGUGGCGUUGAACGGAGGGCCCUCAACAAAGUAUGUCCCUUACCCGUGACUGCAGAUGACGAGGAUGAUGCAGAGACAUUGAAAGAGAUCUCUACCAGCUCCUUUCAAGGGGGGCAGAAUGUUAACGCCGACGGCAACAUCCUGUAGCUGACCAGAGGUGCGGCAGCGGAGCGCGGGGAGGGCCCUGCGCCCGCGCCCCGCCACUCACACGCAAGCACCGGCAGAACCGAUCGUAGCCACCGCGCAAGCAAGACGCGUACUUAAUUACCUGCCUAACUACUCAAAAAUACGACUGUAACUUUAAUCAAUAAUAUAAAGUUUAAAAGGUGCAUAAAA